AUGAAAAUAAAACUCAAAAGACGCGCUCAUACAAAUUUGGAACAACUAACCAGAUAUGAUGUAACAAAACUGGAUGACCCAAAAUGUGCAAAUACCUUCAGACAAAAAAUACGUCAAGAUUUUAAUAACUGCGACUUUAACAGCAUAGUCUCAGUAGAUGAAAGGUGGAAUAAAGCUAAGGAUGCUGUAAUAGGAAAACAAAAGAAAUCGAAUAAACCAUGGUUUAACGAUACAUGUAGGAGAGCCCUAAGACGGAAAAAAGAAAGUAGAAUACAGUGGCUUAGCAACACAGACAAUGUAGAAAAAUAAAAUAACUACAUAAUAUGCAAAAAAGAAGUAAACAAUAUAAUCAGAUACGAAAAGAGAAGGUACAUGAAGAACAUGCUAGAAGAAACAGAAGAAUACCAAAAAUUGAAUAGGUCACGUCAACUAUUCAAAAAUAUCAAUGCCCUUAGAACAGGAUUCAAGAAACAAGAAAAGUUCUUAAAAAAUAGCGAUGGUACAUUGAUUACAGACCCAAACGAUAUCUUCGAUAAAUGGAAAGAUUACUUCGAGAACCUCCUUAAUUGUGACGAGCCUAUAAACUCAUUCACUUGGACUGAAGUAGAACCAAACGAAAUCGAAUACCUCCCACCAGACAGAAUUGAGAUAACAGAACAAAUUAAGAGGCUAAAAAAUCAUAAGACUCCGGGUGAAGAUGGAAUCCAGGCUGAGAUUCUAAAGAGUUUAGAUGAAGAAACCAUAUCCAAUAUGCAUAACCUAGUAGAAUUAGUAUGGAAAGAAGAAAAAAUCCCGAAAAAACCGCAUUAG